UAGGGGUCGUGACCGACCUUUUGCACUCGGGAUAUUCAUUUCAGUGAACCGCGGAGCCAAUCAAUUGACCUCGCCUUCAUAGAUUUUUCUCUGGGUUUUUUAGUUUGAGUGCCUUUUUACUGAUCGCGAGCUUGAGGCACCAGUGAUCACCCAGCAAACCGCGUGAAACCAUGGGCAACCCAGACAUCCCAGAUGAGACCGAAGUGGCGGAGAUGGUCCAGAGCCUCGCCGACUGGCUCUCGAAGCAGCCGCACCUCCCGCGCAUCCAGGACGACAAGGUCCUCCUCCGCAAGUUCCUCGUCAACUGCAAGUACCGCGUCCAGAAGGCCAAGACCAAGAUCGACCAAUACUACUCCGCGCGAACGGCGCAUCCAGAGAUCUACCUCAACCGCGACCCCACCUCCGCCGCCAUCCAGACCAUCUCGGAACUCUGCCCCGUGUUCCCCCUCCCUCGGCGGACGCCCCGCGGGGAGCUGGUCUUCGUAGCCCGCGCCGAGCCUCAGAUCGAGGACAUCAUCCCCAUGGACUACCUCCGCUACCUCACCAUGGUCCUGGACGUCUUGCUCCUCGAGGAGGACAAACUCGACUUCCUCGUCGUCAUCGACUACCGCGGGUUCUCCUUCCAGCACUUCCUCAAGUUCACGACGAUCGCGGGCCUGUGCACGGAGCUCAUGCUGGAGGUUUACCCCGGGCAGUACAAGGGCACGCACUGCGUCAACGUCCCGCCCUUCAUCGAUAGCAUCGUGGCGUUGCUCAAGAGGGCGGUCAAGCCGAAACUGAGGGAUCGCGUCCAUGUCCACACGCAGCUGGACACGUUCCACGAUGUGGUGGGCAAGGAUUUCUUGCCGUCUGAUCUCGGAGGCGCUGAUAGCUUGAUCAAGGAAUUGAAUGAUAUGUAUCGGAAAAAAGUUGAGUCCUACGGAGACUGGCUGAAAAGUCAAGAGAACGUGCGAUCAAAUGAGGAGCUUCGGCCAGCUGCAUCCAGAGACUCAAUGGAGAUGGGCAUUGAGGGGUCGUUUAGGAGGCUCCGCGUUGACUGAAGACCUCGAUAACGCAGACAGUUGCCUUGAGGUAUAUCGAUUGAUGUGUCAUUUGAAUCUAUGAAAAAGGAUCGAUACAGGGUGUCCGCAACGAUUACCUUAAUAAUCGAUUCUUUCCAUAGCUUCAAAUGGGGAAAUAUCGAUCACCGAUCAUUCACGUCUCGCCUCUGCGACUUGCAGUUCUAAACGCCACGGUUUGCACGGAUUAAACGAACGUUAGUGGCUAAUAGAUAACGCGUUAGUCUUAUGAUUUUUUUUUUUUUUUUUUUUAGAGUAAGAUGCAUCUUUGAACUAUGCUGUUUGGUUUUAUCGCUGCAUUGAAUUGUGGAUAAAUUAAAAAAAAAACUAGCUUGCAAAGGUACUAAUUCCGAUCUUAAAACACAAUUUAAGUUCUGAAGUGGGCGAUUUGAUUCAGUCUGUUUUUUGUUUAUAUUAUUUUUUUUUUUUUUGCCUCGGGGGAACAACCAUUGUAUUAUGUGGCACAGAAAAAGCUGAUUUCUCGUUUAUGAUGUGAUAAUUAAAUUUCCUUUCACCCAA